UUCAAAAUUGCAUUUCAAAAUCAAGGCUGAUGAAAAGUGGAAUAGUUUAAAACUGUUAACUCCACGGUUUAUAAUUCUUUUAGUUUCGUUUCAGAACGUAAAUUUGAGAUGCAAAGCACGUAUUUUAUUUGUUUUAAUCUGUGGAGUUUUUAGAGAAUGCACUGAUCAAGGAGUGCUUCGCAACAAUCCGCUGGUAAAUCUUUUAUUUCAUGUCUUCGCUUGUCACUUAUGGUUAGCUUUCUUAAGAAGUUAAGAAGCUAAGCGAGAGUGUUUAAUUUGUAUCCGUCGAUUGCUCAACAGCUGUGAAUCAUGACAACUAUAGAGGGAUUUCAGUCGAGAGAAGAUGUGGAGGAGUAUUUAAACAAUCUGGGAAUCGAGUACAGAUUUCAGUGUUAUUCCGAGCGGCGACCAGACGGAUGCCACAGACUUGGUGAAUUUCUGGAAGCAGUACGGAAUGACUACGAGAAGGCUGCCGUGGUUUUCCAGCAGAAUUGCGAUGCCAAUAAUUUUACCAAAAGUUGUUUCAAGUUUGCCAACUACAAAAUCGUUGGUCGAGGUUGUACAUCCGACCGACAAUUGGCAUUACAAUACCACAAACAAGCAUGCGCCGGUGGACAUCCUGUCGGAUGCUAUCAAGCGGGUGUGCUCCAGCUGGGGGAACACGGCCUCGAAAGAAAUCUACCUGAAGCGCGAAAGUACCUACAUUUAGGCUGCGAGAAGGACGACUCGGAGAGCUGCUUCCUUUUAAGCACCAACUAUUUAAACGCCCAACGGGACGAUGCCCAUCCGGUCAACGCCGAGGACGACGCCAAAGCCUUCUAUUAUACAAAACGCGCUUGUGAUCUCAAUCACAUGUAUGCCUGUGCGAAUUUGCAUCAGAUGUAUAAGAAAGCGAUUGGCUGCGGUGCCGAUGAAGAGGCGGCCAGGAUGGCUAAGAAGAAGGCCAUCGCCCUGCGGGAUCUUUACCGACCCGGUGCACCUUCCAUUGUUUUUGGGGAACAGUGAUUGUUGUGAUGGUUUUGUAUUGUUGAUGCUUUGUCUCUUGGGCUGAAUGGAUUUUUGUUUAUUGUGCUGUAUGCUGUGAAAUAUAGAACUUGUUCCAUGAAACGAACGAAAAUGGAUUGUUUGAGUAACUAAACGAAACUACCGACUUCUCGUGUAAAAGU